CAUGGCAGCGGCCUGAAAGGUGAGCGGAGUCGGAAUUACUUCCUUUCUUUUCAGGGCGGCCAUUGAGCUGGAGCGAAAAUGGGCAAGUUUAUGAAACCGGGGAAAGUCGUCCUUGUUCUGGCAGGGCGCUACGCUGGCCGCAAAGCUGUCAUUGUAAAGAACAUCGAUGAUGGCACCUCCGACCGUCAGUACAGUCACGCCCUGGUUGCCGGUAUUGACCGCUAUCCCCGCAAGGUGACUGCCACCAUGGGCAAGAAGAGAAUUGCCAAGCGGUCCAAGAUCAAGUCUUUUGUGAAGGUGUACAACUACAACCACCUCAUGCCAACCAGAUACUCCGUCGAUAUCCCUCUUGACAAGACUGUUGUGAACAAGGAUGUUUUCAGGGACCCAGCUCUGAAGCGUAAAGCCAGGAGGGAGGCCAAAGUGAAAUUUGAGGAGAGGUACAAGACAGGCAGAAACAAGUGGUUCUUCCAGAAGCUGUGUUUCUAAAUCACUGUUCGUUUGAUCCAACAUUAAAGUUUAUGAAAAACC